GCCAAAGAAUGGCCACCAGAAGCUUCCGUCAUUGCAGCUCAAGCUUUGUCCUUCUGUUAUUGCUCCUCCAGCUUCCCUCGGGUUCUGGUGAACUCCAGUCGAACUACUAUGCUGAGAGCUGUCCGAACGCAGAAGAAAUCAUCAACCAAGAAGUCGCCAACCUCUAUGAUGAACAUGGCAAUACCGCCAUCUCCUGGAUUCGCAAUCUCUUUCAUGACUGCAUGGUCCAAUCCUGCGAUGCCUCACUUCUGCUAGAAUCGAAGCGUGGAAAGGGGAUCGUGUCGGAGCAGUCAUCUUCAAGGAGCAUCGGGAUGAGGAACUUCAAGUACGUGACGAAAAUCAAGGAGGCUCUUGAGAAGGAAUGCCCCACGACGGUUUCUUGCGCUGACAUCAUUGCUCUCUCGGCAAGAGAUGGCAUCGUUCUUUUAGGAGGACCCCGCAUCGAAAUGAGAAGUGGAAGGAGAGAUGGCAAAGAAAGUUACGCGAGUGUGGUGGAAGAAUUCAUUCCCAACCAUAACGAUUCAAUGACGUUGGUGCUUUCUUGUUUUGAAUCUGCUGGCAUCGAUGUAGAAGGAACAGUCGCUCUCCUAGGAGCUCAUUCAGUUGGUCGAGUUCAUUGUGUCAACCUAUACGAUAGACUUUAUCCGACUGUGGAUCCAACCUUAGACAUGGACUAUGCCGAAUACCUAAAAGGCCGGUGCCCAAUGCCGGACCCGAAUCCGAAGAAAGUGCGGUAUGCGAGGAACGAUAGAGAGACUCCGAUGCUGCUGGACAACAUGUACUACAAGCACUUGGUGGCUCACAAGGGACUGUUGCUAGUAGAUCAGCAGUUGGCUUCAAAUCCAAUUACUGCUCCCUUUGUGCAGAGAAUGGCCUCUGACAACAGCUACUUCCAGGACCAGUUUGCAAGGGCCUUGCUCACGUUGUCCGAGAAUAGUCCUCUUACAGGAGAUGAUGGAGAAAUUAGGAAGGACUGCAGGUAUAUUAAUGCAGACUAAAGGGACUUUCAUGGGUGCGUUUCCAAGGAUUGAGUCUAGAUGACUUGGGUCCUUUCAUGCUUGAGAAUAGUACAAACAUACAUUUUAAAAGUAUGUCUGUCUAUGUUCCUCUUUCCAUUUUGGCACGGAACAAAUUUCAGUGCAUCAUACUUUUUUGAUAUGAUUAGGUGUUAAAAUCAUGAAAUUG